AUGACACGACCUGCUUUUGACCCAGCGGACUCGGACCUUUUUGAGCGGCAGGAGGCAGCGCUCUCCAUUUGGGCGGAGAAGCACAUCUUCGAGGGCACUCGCCUGGCUCUUGGCGGGCCUCGGAGACACCGCGUUCUCCCACCUGCUGCCCCACCUGCACCGGAGCAUCUGCCGCGGAGACUGGGCGUUUCGCGCCACGCUUCGGCGGCUCCCUCUCUCGCGGGUCCGCUCCUCGCUCACACGCCAUCUGCCUCAUUCACCGGACCUUCAACCUCGCCACGGCACAGCGGCUCCGCCUCCCACCUCGGCUCAACAGAGGCUCCCGCACCAGAGGCUCGGAUGUGUACCCCGCCCGCUUCCUCUUCCCGGAGAAAGCGGCGCACACGCCGCCAUAAAAUGGACUAUUUCCAGCAAUUCCCGGUGCCUACACCCACACCAGUGCCAGCUCCCAGGAGGAGGGCAGCUGCGACCCAGUCUACCUCCACACCCGCUCCUGUUUCUCGGGUGGGGGUGACUGGUGUCCAGCCACCUCCCGUGCCUGUCCCAGCGCCCAGGCUGAGGGCAGCCAGAACUCAGCCUGACCUCCCUAAAGGCUCAGAAGAGUUAGCCUCUCCACCCAUCAGUCCACCACUUCAACCACCUCCUGAUCCAGCCUUUCACGCCCUUGCACUAUCCCUGGUUAGGCUAGCUGAGGUUUCCCCUGCUCAGGCACCAGCUUUACUAGCCCAGGCUGUAGCUUUAUCUCCGUCACUAGCUCAGUCUGUAGCUCAGCCAUUAGCCACACCAACCACAGCUCCGUCGUCAGCUUGGCCUACCUCUGUUCAUCCCUUAGCAUCCCCGGUCCAGCCAGUUCCCUCUCCUGCUGUUCAGCUCCCGGUCCAGCCAGUUCCCUCUCCUGCUGUUCAGCUCCCGGUCCAGCCAGUUCCCUCUCCUGCUGUUCAGCUCCCAGUCCAGCCAGUUCCCUCACCUGCUCUCCAGUCUGCUCCUGUCCAGCCAGUUCACUCACCUGCUCUCCAGGCUGCUCCAGUCCAGUCACCUGUAGCUCAGGCUGCUCCAGUCCAGUCACCUGUAGCUCAGGCUACUCCAGUCCAGUCAGUCCAGUUGCCUCCUGCCCAGUCAGUCCAGUCCUCUCCUGUAGUCCAGUCUCAUCCCGUCCUCCAGGCCUCUGUAGUCCAGUCUUCUCUGGUCCAGUCAUUCAUCCACCAUCCUGUUCAGUUCCCGGACCUGCAGCCACAGCAUCCAGAGCCAGCGCCUCCGCGCCUCCUGGCCCAGCCUCCGAAGCUGUUGCUCCGUCACCGCCGGCUCCCAUGCCGUCGCCUGGCCCAACCUCGGCUCCAGCUUCUGCUUCACCUGGCCCAGCCUCGGCUUCGCACAGUCCAGCUUCUGCCUCUGCGUUAG